AUGGAGCAGGUGAAGGUUGCAUUGCGUGUGAGACCGCUCUUGCCAACAGAGCGAGAGCGCGGUGAGGAUGAAAAAAUUGCGGUGCUUCCAGGAGGGAAAAGUGUUCAGGUUAUCGCUCGCGUAAACCGUGCCACCCAAAAUCAGGUGCACACUUUUGAUAUGGAUUGCUGUCUUGGUCCGGAUGUGAGUCAGGAGGAGGUUUUUGCUGAAUUAGGGAUCGCCAAAAUGUGUGAUGCAGUUUUUGAGGGAAGGGCUGCCACGGUGAUGUGCUUUGGCCAAACGGGUGGCGGUAAGACGUACACCAUGAGCGGGCGCACUGAGGAAGAGGAGAAUGAGGAGCUAACAAGGGACGGGAUUCAGUUCGCUGCUGCUCGCUAUUUAGCAAAAGCGCGUGAUCGACUCCUGACUGUUACUAGUGACGUAGCAAAGUCCAUUAUAUUAAGGGUUUCUUAUUUGGAACUAUUUAAUGAGCGCAUAAACGACCUUUUGAAUGGGAGUGAGGGACUUAAGUGCCGCUGGUCAAGAGAGGCCAACAGUUUCUUUGUACAAGACUUGAUGCUUGUGGAGUGCUUAAACGCUGAUGACUUUGUUUUGGCUUUACAAGAGGGGCAACUACGACGGAAACGAGCCGAACAUCUCUUGAAUGCUGAUAGCAGUCGCUCGCAUGUGCUCUUCACUGUGUACGCAGAGGUAUCAGAGGGUGACAGACCUGCACUUCACGGCAAAAUUACUUUUGUGGACCUCGCCGGGUCGGAGCGUCUGCGGGAUACAGGUAGCCAAAACGAUGAUAGCAAGUCCAUCAACCGGUCUCUCUUUGCUCUCGGGAACGUCGUUGAAAAGCUAUCAAAAAGUCGCACAGUAAAACAGAGAGAACAUAUUCCCUAUCGCUCAAGUGUGCUGACGCAGCUGCUGAUGGACACGCUUGACGGUGGCUGUCGCACGCUUCUAGUGGCAUGUGUGACGCCUUCCUCUCGGUUUGUAGAGGAGUCCUUACGCACCAUUCAUUUUGCUCAGCGGGCGCGAAACAUCCGGUCACGGCCGGUUGAGCGAGUUGAUGCGACGCAGCAGGAAAUUUACGACUUGAAAACGGAAAUUCGUCGAUUGCAGGGGGAAAACGCCCUCCUUCGGAAUGCCCUGGGUUUGCCUGAAACGGGAACCGUUGAUCCGAGCCUUUUGCAGAGGUCACUUCAAAGGUCACCGGGGGUGACGGCGACAUCCACCCCUGUGCUUGCACCCACCACAGGAACUUCUCCCCGCAGUGAAAAUCAUUCCUUAAAACGCGCUAGUCACCCCGAGCAGGUUCCGCGCGGGCACUCCAACGGUGAACCUAUGCUGCGCCCAACGCCAUUGGCCAUUCUCGAACAUCUUCCGAGCUCAGCUGAGCUUGCGACACGACCGCGGCCGUUGCCGCUGCAGGGGGGGCCACCGCCGCCUUCGUCGUCGUCGUCGUCAGCAGCAGCAGCAGUUUCCGCUGGUUUUGGGUUUCAUGUGGUGCCAAAGCAAAACAAACUUUUCUUCCGGAUGUGA